CGUAUACGCAUGCGCAUUGUAGACUGCCGGCCCACCCCUUGUCUCGGUGCCGUUAGCCGCGGGGUACUGCUGGGAAAUAACGUUUUGACUGAGCGCAUCGGCCCGUUAUUACGUUCUAUGUCUUGGAGGAUUGGAGGCUGUCGGUUUUUUUGUGGCUCAUCAAAAGCCUGGCAAGAUGCUUAGGAUCAUACACAGUAAUAUCGUCAUCGAUAAAAGAGCCAACCACUAAUUUCACUGCCGCAAUUAUUUACGGUUCCAGGGGAUGAUGUAAAUAUUGGAAGAAUAGUGAUAAUAAGGAUAAAAAAAUGAGCCUUACAUCCUGGUUUUUGGUAAGCAGUGGGGGCACACGCCACAGGUUGCCACGAGAAAUGAUAUUUGUUGGAAGAGAUGAUUGUGAGCUGAUGUUACAGUCAAGGAGUGUGGACAAACAGCAUGCUGUGGUGAACUAUGAUUCUUCUAGUGAUGUGCAUAUGGUAAAAGAUUUGGGGAGCCUUAAUGGGACCUUUAUAAAUGAUGUCAGAAUUCCUGAACAGACGUACAUUACUCUGAAACUUGAUGAUAAACUAAGGUUUGGAUAUGAUACUAACCUUUUUACUGUGGUGCGAGGGGAAAUGAGGGUCCCUGAAGAAGCACUAAAGCAUGAAAAGUUUUCAAGUCAGCUGCAUUUUGCACAAAAACCACCUGAGACUGAAAGAUCCAAGAAAACUGCCUCCAGAUCUUCUGAUUUGAAAGUAAAUUAUACUCCUGUUGAAGUAGUUCAGAAGACUGUGGAAAAUGUGAAGUCAGAAGAAAAAUUGGGUGUGGACCUGUCAGCAGUGCAUCGUGGUACACCGUUGUAUGGACAGCCCUCUUGGUGGGGAGAUGAUGACUCUAGUGAAAAUAAACAUCACUGCAAGGUGUUUCAUGAACCUGGUGCUUCAGGCUACAACAAGGAUACUAAGAAAGAUAGAGAUGAGGGCACAGCAGGGAAAGAGGAAACAUUAUUUCUGCUUUGUAGGGAGCCAAGUUACUUUGAGAUACCGACAAAAGAAUCUCCACAAAAAUCUGAUGUUGAAGAGAACAUUAUCCAUGAAAUCCCAACGAAGGACACACAUUGCUCUCAUGCACUAGGUGCAGGACAUGCAUCAUUUACAAUAGAGUUUGAUGAGAACUCUCCAGGUAAAGUAACUAUUAAGGAUCACGUUACAAAAUUCACUCCAGAUUAUCGACAGAAAUCAAAGAAAACAUCACCAUCUUGCGCCAAGGAUCUCUCUGCAUUACAAACAGAGAUGUUGGCUGCAGAAAGUAAAGUUGCAGAUUGGUUGGCACAAAACAAUCCACCAUGUUUGAGAAAAGAAGUGCCUGAGGAAGAUACCAAGAGUAUUAAAAGUGAUGUUCCAGUUUACCUGAAGAGACUGAAAGGGCACACACACGAUGAUGGAACACAAAGCGAUUAUGAAAAUAGUGGGGCUCACAAACGUUUCAAUAAGUGUACGAACUUAGAUGAACAUUUAAGACCAAGAAAUCUUGAACAAACAAAGUUAAACAUAAAAUUCCAUUCUUCAGGAAAACACCAAGAAACAAGUCAAACUGCUUUUAUGAUAGAAUUUUUUGAUGAUGACCAUCCUAGAAAGAGGCGUUCAUAUUCUUUUACACAGAAUGCAGGUGCUGCUGGUCCAGAAGCACCUUAUCCUAUACCACAGUCAAGAAUUGAAAAGGUAAAAGCUGCUUCAACUGACCACAAACUAUUAACAAUAGGUUCACAGUCUGGUACAUCUUCUCACAGAGUGAUCCACAGCACACAGCAUGCAAAAUUGUUGUUGAAACAAAAAUCAGAAGAACCCUGUGCACCAUUAAUGUUAUCACAAAAUGUGUUAUUAAGAAGCUCUGGAAGUCUUGGACAUCGACCAAACAAAAAACGAGUCAUAGGUGAUGAAUUGGAAAUCCCCUCUGUUUCUGAUUGUAAUAAAAGGCAUGUUGAUGACCAAGGUGACAAAGUGAGAUAUGCUAAUAAAUGGGAUUUGCUUAAUCAAGAGGAGACUGACCCUUCUAAAAUGAUUGAUAAGGAAGCUUCCUCUUUAUGUGGAAAAAAACGCUGGGUCUCGCAGUGGGCAAGUCUUGCUUCAAAUCACAUAGGACAUGACCAAGAAAAUGGAAGAUUUGAAAGUGAUGUACCUGCUGCUGUUGAAAAUGAUGCAGACUUGUCAGUCAAAAGCAAUGGAUCAGCAGCAUCUUUGACUUGUCAAAAUGAUCGGGUCAGGAGAACAUUACCCCUGGUUCCUAAAGAAGAAAUAAAGGUUUCUAACAGUAAAGGUGCCUAUCACAGAUCAGAGAUUGGAGAAAAACAAGAUACAGAAUUACAGGAAAAAGAGACACCAACUCAUGCACCCAAGAAAGAUAAUUUAAACUUGUUAGAAACAAGAGCUAUAACAAAAAAGAACCACAUGGGAGAUGAUAACACUUUGAAGUUAGAAUCCAAACCUAAACAUGACCAAGCUGAACACAAUCAACGUUCUUCUAGCAGAUCAUCCUCAAAGCAAGUCACAGUCAAGCCCAUCAAACCAAAAGAUGAUUCAAAAACCCAAAAAGCUUAUUUGUCUUCAAAAUCCCCAGUUAUACAAUCAAAUCAUACUGACGAUGGAAGGAAAACAGAGACUGUAUCAAAUACCCAGAGCUUGAAAACUGUUGAAUCUGAUAGAAAAGAUACCACAAAGCCUUUAGUAAGACAGGGUAGCUUUACAAUUGACAAGCCAAGUACAAAUGUUCCUAUCGAGUUAAUACCACGUAUUAAUAAAUUGACUGGAUCAUCACCUACACUUGCUUCUGUAACUAAUAUAAGAGAGAGAAGCGAUUCUGUAGACACUGACUCAAGCAUGGAUACAACGUUACUUUUGAAAGAUACAGAAGCAGUCAUGGCUUUUCUUGAGGCAAAGUUGAGAGAUGACAGCAAAACUGAUGAUGGCCCAGAAACCCCAAGCUAUAACCAAGAUAAUUCUAUUUCUCCUGAAUCAGAUGUUGAUACAGCUAGUACCAUUAGUCUUGCUGCUGGUGAUGCAGAAAAAAAAUGCCCGCAAAAGAGAAAGACAUUCAGCAGUCUUUACAAAGAGACAUCCUCUUCUGCUUCCAAAGACUUUUCAAAAUCACCAUCUUUAAAUAGAGAAAAAAUUGACAAAAAGAAUAAAGUGCGAGCUCAUGAAGUUUCAUCUAGAACAGAAAUCCGUAAAACACUGCAAGCAAGUCAAAGAAAUAAGCAGCCACCUGCAGGUUGUGUAACUGAUGAUCAAACCUCUAGACUUUCAUCAGUCUCAGAUAUUGUAUCAUCUGAUCAAGAAACAUACUCUGGAAGGUCGGCUUCAAAAUGUGAAUUUAAUGUUGCAGAUGAACCUUUGCACUCCAAAACUACCAAAGAUAAAAGUGCUUUAGUAAAAUCUGCUCCCUCUAGUAAAUCUGUUACACUCCCAAGACCUCGUCCAACUAGGACUUCACUGUUGCGUAGAUCACGCUUAGGUGAGGCUUCAGAUUCAGAAAUUGGCGAUGCUGAUAAAGCAUCUGUUGCUUCUGAAGUAUCAACUACCAGUUCAACAUCAAAACCGCCUUCUGGUAAGAAAGCUCUCUCAAGGAUUGAUUUGCUUGCUCAGCCCCGUAGAACAAGGCUGGGUUCUUUAUCAGCUCGCAGUGACUCUGAAGCAACAAUAUCACGGAGUCCUGGUUCUUCUCGUACUCCAGAAUCUACAUUUAGAAGUGGUUUAAAAUCUCUUCCUCCAACAGACGUUAAAGGAUCUACUCGAGCCAGAGCCAACAGCAUUUCUCGCUUAUCAGACACAAAGACAUCAACUCAUAGUUCUCCUCCUUUGAAUGUCCGGUGGAGACGCACCACUCCAGAAUAUGCUUCCACUUCAGAAGAUGAGUUUGGAUCUAAUCGAAACUCUCUAAAACCUACACGGCUUCGUACUUCUCCAGCUAAGAGUCAGAGAUUGCAUUCUACUGGAAUCGGUACAGCAGUUCAGCCUGCAACUUUAAAUGCUUCAAUAUUUAAACAUAGAGUUAAAGAACAAGAAGAUUAUAUUCGUGAUUGGACAGCACAUCGAGAGGAAAUAGCUAGAAUAAGCCAGGAUUUGGCUCUUAUUGCUCGUGAAAUCAAUGAUGUAGCAGGAGAGAUAGAUUCAGUGACAUCAUCAGGAACUGCCCCUAGCACCACAGUAAGCACUGCAGCUACAACUCCUGGCUCAGCCAUAGACACAAGAGAAGAGCUGGUUGAUCGAGUUUUUGAUGAGAGUUUGAACUUUAGAAAGAUUCCUCCUUUAAAUCAGUCCAGAACAGCAGAGGCAAACUUUCGAUCAGGUGACCCAAAGCCUCCGCAGAAAGAAAUUUCUGAACCUCAAGCAAUAACAAGAAGGAAAACUUGGAGCAGAGAUGAAGCUAUGGGAGAUAGCUUAUUGCUUUCUUCAGUAUUUCAGUUUUCUCGGAAAAUAAGGCAAGCCAUUGACAAAACUGCUAAUAAAAUAAGGAUAUUGUUUAAAGACAAGGAACGGAACUGGGAUGAGAUUGAAAAGAAAUUGCGUGCAGAAAGUGAAAUUCCAAUCUUCAAAACCUCUUGCGUGGAAAUAUUAUCAAUACUUCAGGAGCUAAAGCGUGUUGAAAAACAACUUCAAGUGAUCAACGCCAUGAUUGAUCCAGAUGGAACUUUGGAAGCACUAAACAUACUGGGAUUUAGCAACUCAAUUUCUCCUGUUGAGAUAAAGCAAAAUCAAAGCCACGUUAUUUGUUCAGCACGUUCUUCAACAAGGACCAGUCAACCAAAUAUAACAUCUGCUUCCUCUGAAUUUAGUGUUGAGUCUGAUCCUGAUUUUGCCAUACAUUUCAAUAGGUUCAACCCGGAUGGUAAAGAAGAUACUACGUUACAUGAAUGAAAACCAUUGCUAUAAAUGUUUGCAUUUGUAUGGUGGACAGUUUUGGAUUUUUUUUUUUCUUGUAAAACAAUUAAUUUAUAACUUUUGCAUCACUCUAACCUUUUAAUUAGCCAAAAUUUUCCAUUCAUAAAACGUAGAAUGUUAACUGAUGCUUUUCUCAUUGUAUUUGCAUGGCACUGAUGUAUGAGAUCCUAAGUUAGUUACCACUAUACACUUGUGUAUAUGUACAUAUAUGAGUGUGAUAUUUAUAUAUAUAUAUAUAUAUAUAUAUAUAUAUAUACACACACAUAUAUGCAUAUAUAUAUCUUGUAAAGUUACUGAAAAGAGGGGAUUUGGGGGUUUAGUGAUAGGGGCAGCAAGUACUGUGUCUAAACUAUCUUCCUAAAGUGCACCAGGAACACAGGGCAAAGGCAAUAUCCACAUAGAGAAAUAAUUUGAAUCUAUUUUUUUUUCCAAGUCAUUGUGUUACUACUGCUCAGCAGCAUGGUUUUAAAAUCUUAGCAUAAGUUGGCAAGUUCAAGCAAUUUAUUAGUAACCAACAUUUCUGCGUUGUUUAUUAAUGGAUAACUUUUAUACUAAUUGUUUACUAAGCACUACAAUGAUGUAGUUUCCAAUACUAAUGCAUAUAUUAAGUUUAUUAGAAAGUAUAUCAACUUAAUACUGUAAAUGGCACUCUCAUUACAAAUAGAAGAUAGAAUAAGUCAUACAUUGUUCUAGCAUUGUAGCUAAUAUGUUUUGUUUCCUGUUUCAAUACUUAAUACAAAUUAAACCUAAACUGUUAUGGAUACAUAAAUUAAACCUAAGCUGUUAGGGAUACAUUUAUAUAUUUUAUAGUUAGAAACAUUUUAAAGUAGUUUCCUGGGACUGGCCUUGUACUGGGCAUACUUACUGCAUAUGACUUACGUAUUGGUCAUGAUUAGAGCAAUACUUCUGUGUCUUCAUUCAAUAGCUAAAGCGCACGUAGUGAGAGAAGACACAAAGAGCCGAUCAUCAACAGAUUAUAUAAAAAUAGGGACACACAUCAGGAACUCCCUGAAAUAAAGAGUCAAAGCCAGGAAAAGUGAUUAACCAUGAUAUUUUACCUGUAAAUGUAAUGUUGUAAACCUUUCACUUCUACACACCGUAUAUUCAUUUUUGAUAGUUUGGGAUUACUGUGAAACAUAUUUUUUAUCUCGUGUAACUUAAACAAACUGAUCAACGGUCAAAUGACUAAUGUAACCAAGCCAAUUUUACCUCCUACAUUCGAUAAAAGUAAGGAUAUGGUUUUUACCCCUAUAAACUAGUGUUCCUUUAUUGAUAAUGUUUUGUUAAUUUUAUUCUUGCUGCUUUACAAACCACUUUGUUUUUUUAUUUCAGCCAUCACAUUAAAGAUACACUCAUUAUUGUAAGAAUAGAAAAAACUGAAAUACUAUAUUACUUAUGCAUGGCUGGAUGCAGUUUAGCCGUGAUGAGUAUGUUUUUUUGUUUUGUUUUAAUGAAACCACAAUGCUUUAAAAAUAAUGAUUACAUAAAGUUAUACCUUUCAAAUAUGCUCUAAAAUGUUUUGUUUUAAAAGGUUUUCUUACUGGAUACUGACUAUAUAUUAAAGGAAAAAAAAAACUGAAUAGAUGUAAUACUGAAAAAGUUUACAUUAAUACGCAUUUAAAAAAAAACCUAACUAUGCUGUACCAAUAAUUUUUAUUUUUAUUUGAUGUUUUUUAUUAAAUUUGUAAACUUUUUUUUCUAUAUGGGCAGAAAAAAAUCAAAUCUGACUAGGAAACCUCUGUUUUUUUUGUAAUGUUUAUUUUUCCAUUGUGUGUAAAAACAUUUGCAGUUCAUACUGAGAAACAUUUACUAACUGGAAUACUGUUCACAGUGAACAUUAUACAAAAAGCUUGUAAUUAUAAAACAAAACAUACAAAUAAGUAGCUGGGUACAUUGUAAGAUAAUUCUAUAGUUCCAUCAACGAAACACUGUUCUUAUUCUUGCAUUUCUACAAAUGUAUGUACUGUAUACAAUUUUUACAGUAAUGUUACAUUACACUUGUUAUUUGUAUUCCAUCUUUAGUUAUAUUUAUUUUUAUCAAGUUGUAUGUUUAUUUUCUUCCAUAUUUGCAACCUGUUAAAAGAUGAAAUAGUUGUAUAGUAAAUGGUAUACUUUAAGAAAUCAGUGUAAUUGCUGGUGUAGUCCCUGUUGUUAUCAAAUAUACAUGUACACAAUGUAUAAUCAUUAUUCAGAGCAAAUGCCUUUUAGAAGAAACAGCCCUACUAUAUAAUCAUAUUACAAAAUGUCAUAAGUUUAGUUAUCCAUAUGUACACAGACAUUAAAGAUUGUUUACAGAAAAA